GUGGAAAUAGGCUAUAUUUUAUUAUUACAAAAAAUGACAUCUGGAGAAUAUAAUAUAUUCAAUCGUCGUCAUCGUCAUCAUCUCCUUGUUGACCCUAUUUUUAUAAAAAUCAUGAAAUGCUUCUGGUAUCCAUUGCAGAAGCAUAACAAGAUGCUUUUUCUUGUUAAGUCCUUUUGGGGUUUGACACAGGCGAGCAUAGUUCUAGCGGAUCUAUUCAUGUUUAAAAUUUUGUAGUCCUCUUGGAAGAUGUCUGUUUUAUAGUAGAGUAUCCCUGGAUCCUGUUUUCGAAGCUCAAGCCACACCGCUGAUGACACAAAAAAGCUUUCUUUGUCAA